AUGUAUGUGAAAUGGUUUGAUACAGUAAUGUUUUACUGUGUGAUUUUAGUGAAUGUCACUUUUUGUCAUUUUCAAAUUUCCUGCUGUUCCAUCCCCCCGUACGUCCCGACGCUCGCAGGGGACGGAACCCAGAUGACAGAUGCCGGCAUCUGCUGGAUUACAUUGCCGGGAACACUGCAGGAGGGACAUCGCGGGAGCGCAGGACAAGGUAAGUGAUCGAGGGAUCGCGGAGAAGCGCCGCAUGGUAAGCCCGAGUGUAGCUCGGGGUUACCGCUUGUGCUACACUCGGGAAUACCGCCAGGGAGUUUAAG